AUGCCAAUUUCAAGUACCUCAUCAGGAUCUUAUUCCACUGCUACACCACUAUUCUCACAUUCAAUGACGCCUUCAAUGCCAACAAUGACGCCACCAACCACCACCACUCCUCAUCGUCAUAAGGAUUCAACUAGACACUGCUCCAACUGUUUCGCCACAGAAACAUGUCAAUGGAAGAAUGUUAGAUCGGAGAAUGGAAUUCUAUGCAAUGCUUGUUUCAUUUACCAGAGAAAGUAUAAGAAAACUCGCCCAGUAACCGCGAUGGAGAAAUAUAACAGUAAGAAAGCUGUUCGACAAAGUAAUGCAAACUAA